CAGGCGGCGCCUCAUUGGUCGAGGGCAACUGGACGCCACAUCCCAGAAUGCAGUGCGCCCUGGGCUGGCCCCACCCCCCAGGACGCACUGGUGACGUAAUCACGCAGGGGACACUGCGGCCCUGCCCAUCCCUGGCUACACCCACUCCCACAAACUGUAUCUACCUACCUGGCUCCACCCAUAUGAGUUCCCAGGUGUGGUCUUCAAGCCCGUUGCAGCGUAGUGGGUUCCAACUCACAGCAACCCUAUAGGACAGAGUAGAGUUGCUCGCCAAGGAGGGACCGGGGGUUCCAAACCGCCAAGCUUGUGGUUAGCCGCAGAGCUCUUAAUCACUGCUCCACCAGGGCUCCAGUCUUCAAAUAGAGUACCAAAAAGGGGAACUUGGUGGGCUUUGGUGGAGCUCUGGUGGCUCAGUGGUUAAGAACUCUGCUGCUAACCGAAAGAUCAGUGGUUUGAAAGCACCAACGGAUCCGUGGGAGACAGAUGCGGCAGUGUGCUUCCAUAAAGAUUACAGUCUUGGAAACUAUGGGGUAGUUCUACUCUGUCCUUUAGGGUCUCUGUGAGUAGGCAAUGGAUUUCUUGGUUAGUGGGCCUUGAAGGAGCCCUGGUGGUGCAAUGGUUAAACACUAGGCUGCUGAACGAGAGGUAGAUGGUUCUAACUACCAGUGGUUCUAUCCUCUGCUUCCGGAAAGAUUACAGCCUUGGAAACCCUAUGGGGCAGUUCUGCUCUGUCCUAUAGGGUCGCUGAAUUGGAAUUGACUCAUGGCACCCAACAACAACAACGACAGUGGCCUUGACUUUGGCUGCUGUGGAAAAUGUUUCUCUUAAAGUAGGUUUUAAUGUCAGGCUUUCCCCAGUGGCCUGGGGCAGGGGCAGGGUGAUGGGAGUAGGUUUAAUCUGAUCCAGGGCUCAGGAAAAGGAUAGUCAUAUCAUUUGUCUAGGACAGCAUUUUUCACACUACUUGGCCCCAGGACCUAUUUGCUUUUGUUUAUGUGAGCUAUUGCUGUUAAUACUUAACUGCAUUAGAAAUGAAAACUGAAAAUUAAAAUUCAUUAAGCAAUUUCAUAAUAACAAUAAACCCACUACAUGUUAAUAUAAACCGCAUUUUUAUGAGCAAAUAAAUGCUUUUCAAAACCCCCCAAAAUUAGAGAGAGGCAUGGUUUUACAUGUUUUUGCAAUUCUCUUAAAAACUAAACAAAACAAAACCAGUUCCCGUUGAGUUGAUUUCAACUCAUAGCAACCCUAUAGUAUCUCUUUAGUAUCUGGCUUAAUAGAAGAGAGCUGGAUUCUCAUAUCUGCUUCUGUGUUCAACCUUUUGCUCUAUCUCACAUUGUACAGUCUCUGGAAAACUCCACUGUGCACUUGUGGGAGAAUGAGAGUGAGAAAGUCACAUGACAUCAUUAUUAUAGAAAUAGCUCUGACUUGGUGAAGUUCCCCUGAAAAAUUCUUGGGGACCCCCAGGGUUCCCUGGACCAUCCUUUGAGAACCUCUGCUCUACUAUAUUAAAAUGUGCUGGCCAUAUUUAUACUGCUGUGGGUAUUUGAUACAACAAUUAGUUCCUCUAAAACUGCUUUAUCGAGACCAUGACUUUCUUUUUGGCAUUUCUUAGUGUUUGACAAAAUGGCCAAUAUCUUAGCUGCUUGUUUGCAUUUUCUGCUUUCUCAUCAUUCCCUUUGAUACUAUAUUCUUUGUUUUGAUAAAUUCUGGGAUAACAGCAGCAAAAGUCACUGAGUUCCAAGAAGAAAAUGAUUAACCAAUGAACCUUCUAACAUUCAUCAUAAAGGGUAAUAGCUCCAAAGGUAGGGAAUUGUUACCUCACCAGCACAAAUAGCUGACUUUAUGUUGCCUCGAGAGAAUGAACAUACCGUGGACAUGGCACUUGGUAAGCAGUCAGGAGUAAGGUUCAGUGUGAGCCACGCACACAAAGUGGCAAAGUUUAGAGCAUGUUUGGGAGGGGCAAAUGACCCUAAAUGGCAGUAGGGUAAGAGGCAGAGGGAGAGGGUUAAGGAGAAGGGCUAGAGAGGAGAAAUGAACUUGGAUUGGUGGCCUGGGGACCAUUCCCAGGGAGUUCUGAAGGCAAGGCUGUGGAGUUUGAAUUUUAUUCUAGGCCAUGGGAAGCUUUUGGCCAAGGUUGCAGAGGUGGUGAUAGAGUGGGGUGGGACAGGGGACAGCUGAUGUAGUGAAUCAGAAGGGACAGAUAGGAGGUGUCAUGGAUUGAAUUACGUCCUCCCAAAAAUGUGUGUAUCAGUUUGGCCGGGCCAUGAUUUCCAGUAUUGUGUGAUUGUCCUCCAUUUUGUGAUUGUAAUUUUAUGUUAAACAAGAUUAUGGUAGGAUUGUAACACCCUUACCCAGGUCACAUUCUUGAUCCAAUGUAAAGAGAGUUUCCCUGGGGUGUGGUCUGCACCACCUUUUGUCUCUCAAGAGAUAAAAAGGAAAGGGAAGCAAGCAGAGAGUUGGGGACCUCGUACCACUAAGAAAGAAGCACUGGGAGCAGAGCGUGUCCUUUAGACCCAGGGUUCCUGUGCAGAGAAGCUCCUAGUCCAGGGAAAGAUCGAUGAGAAAGACCUUCCUCCAGAGCUGACAGAGAGAGAAAGCCUUCCCUUGGAGCUGAGGCUCUGAAUUUGGACUUCUAGCCUAUGAGACUUUGAGAAAAUAAAUUUCUCUUUGUUAAAGCCAUCCACUUGUGGUAUUUCUGUUAUAGCAGUACUAGAUGACUAAGACAGUGGGCGAGGGGCUUAGCCCAUAAUUUAGGCUGGUGAUCUGAGGUCCUGAAACAGGACCCUGGCAGCUAGGUCUGAGAGACAGUGGUAGAAUGAUCCAGAUUCAGCACUUACCGGACAUGGGGCCUAAAGUAAAGGGAGAAGUGAAGUUACAUCCAUACAGAAUGGGUUUCUGAGGGCCUGCUGUCAGCAAAACAAUGGGACUGACCCUGGAAUAAAGUGAUUCAAAAGCUGAAGCCCUGCCUACAGGCAAUAUACAGUCUAAUAGUAGAGACUGUUACCAAACUGCUAACUAGGACAGAAUGUAGCAUAAAAUGAGGACUUUGGUAAAAGUGGAAGCGAAAUGCUACACAGAAGCAAGGAAGACAGCUUUGCUACCCACUGGGGGGUCCCAUAGAUUAUCCAGAGGGCAAUGGACUUGUUUAUGUUGUUUCUUUCAUUUGGUAACAACCAACUUCCAUCUGAUCAAAGAGGCUGAGAGUGUUGGAGUGUUGGGCUAUUAACUACUGGCUUCAUUGUAAAAAGAGAGCACCUCUUUAAUUAGGUGCCAGAAUGUUUUCACCAACACCCAGCUCUUCAAUAGCGCCUGAAGUCAGACCAUGUAAGCUGCCGUAUUCACAGAGCCGCAGACAUGUGUCCUGCGCCAGAGUGCACCUCAGCCUGCCCUGAUAUUGCUUGGUUGUGAGUUUGUCAUUGUUCACUGGACAGUCCCGUUAAGGGCAGGGACCAUUCCUGACUUGGUUUUCUAGCCUCAGCUCCUAGCACAAUGCCUGGCACACAGUAGGGUCCACACUUGCAGUAAAUAUUUGGCGAAUGAGGGAAUUAACAAUGGAUUUUAAGUCUCAGGUCUGCUCAGAUUCUGGAGGCAGAAACUGUACUGGACGGCUUAGUAAUGGUUCUCAGUCAUAAUUGUUGAGAGUGAAGGUGGAUUGCCUGGUAUCCAGAUAGGUAAAUAACAUUCCCUGGCACCAAACUAUUCAGCUAUACAGUGGCCUCAAAGUUUGGAGGCUCUGCGUGAUGCAGGGGAGUUAUAUAAUCACCAGGUGGUGCCUGUGCGUGUUUGCAGUCCCUUUGCCCUGUGUAAUCUGCAGAUGAACUCUCAUGGCAUCCAGACUUUGGAAGAAUUAUGACCCCUGAAGGUUAAAUUGGACUUUGAAUUUCAGAAUUGCAGUUAAUGGCAAUACCGAAAAGCAAAAGAAUUGCUACUUCUUUUUUGCUCACCCCAGAAUUUAGGUCCUAGAGAAUGGAGGGUGCUUGGGGAAGGGAGGAGGAACUUUGGGGUGCGUGUUUGUAUGUGUGUGUGUGUAUGCACAUGUCCACAUUUAAGCACUUACAAGACUGAAGUUCUGUUGAGGAGGUACGGUGGUCCAGGGAGACUCUAAGCACCUGAAAGAGAAGGUUCUGCUUAUAUGUCCCACAGAACCACCACCACCACUACUGCCAGUUGCCGUUAAAUAAAUUCCAACUCAUGGCGACCCCAUGUGUGUCAGAGAAGAGCUAUGCUCCAUAGGGUUUUCAAUGGCUGAGUUUUCAGAAGUAGUUAACCAAGUCUUUCUUUCAAGGCGCCUCUGAGUGGACACGAAACUCCAACCUUUUGGUUAGCAGCCAAGCUCAUUAACCCUUUGUACUACCCAGGGACUCCAAACCAUUUGCCAUUGAGUGGACCCUGCCUCAUGCUGAGCCCAAGGGUGUCAGAGUAGAACUGUACUCCACAGGGUUUUCAAUGGUUGAUUUUUCAGAAGUAGAUCUUCAGACCUUUGGGGGGACUCAAACCUCCAGCCUUUUGGUUAGCAGCCGAGUAAAUUAACUGUUUGCAACAACUAGGGGCUCUGAGGCUUUGAGGAUAGCAGCUUUCUCUGUGCCCCUCGUAGCACACCCCCAGGUAUGAGUGGCCAGUGAUGUGCAUGGGUGAAAAUGCUGGGGAAAUGCUUUCAUCCUGGGAUUGUGUGCAGCAGCAAUGGAUCCUCAAAGAAUGCAGUGAGAAGGUCAGUACUGUCUGCACUCUAUUUACUACCUUUCUUCUGGAGGGCCAUUUCUGUUCAGUAACUGCCAUAUUUAUUCCUGACCUUCCCUUGAUCUCUAGCGGCACCCCCUGGUGCUGAGUAUUGCUGUGUGAGCACAUUCUCCUUGUCCUCAAAGUCUUGCCAUAUGCCUUCUCUCCAUUUAUUUUGACUGGGUGAUGACUGUGGGGAUCACAACUUUACUACUGACUUUUGCUGUUUGUUGUUAGUUACCAUUGAGUUGGCUCCAACUCUUGGUGACCUUACGUGCAACAGAAUGAAAUGUUGCCCAGUCAUGCGCCAUCCUCAUGAUCUUUGAUAUGUUUGAGCCUAUUGUGUCAUUGCACAUCUCUAUCGAACAUGAUGUCCUUUUUUGCUGACUCUAUCAAACGUGAUGUCCUUUUCUAGCCAUUGGUCUUUUCUGAUGAUGUGUGCAAAGUAAGGGAGCCAAAGUCUCUCCGUCCUUGCUUCUAAGCAGUGCUCUGGUUUCAUUUCUUCUAAGACUGAUUUGUUUGUACUUCUGGCAGACCACAGCACAGCAACUGAUUUUUAAUCCCAGGAGGUCAUUAUGCUUGGUAAAGCAGAAGGUCAGUGAAAGAGAGGAAGACCCUCAAUGAGAUGGAUUGACACAGUGGAUGCAACAAUGGGCUCAAACAUAGCAAAAAUUCUGAGGAUGGCACAGGACUGGGCAGUGUUUCCUUCAGUUGAAAUUAGGGUUGCUAUGUGUCAGAGCCCACUCGACGACACCUAACAACAAUAACACUCUCACAAGGGUACCAUACACUUCAUUUGCAUUUUUAGCAGGCAGUCCAAUCCCCUUGGUGGGCCACAAGUACCUUAUUUGCAUAGUCCUACCCAAUCAUUUGGUGAGAGUUACAAAAUCAUGGCAAGAAAGGCCAUAUAAAGUGAUCCAUCACAUAGCAACUGCACAAAAAUCUUAUAGACAGUCAUUUUGGUGUCAACCUUCUGACAGUGUCUCCCAGUAUGGUCUUCACCCACACCUCCCUAGUGAUGCCACUGGUUCCAUUUCCCCCUGUUUGUUUCCUUUUAACACUUUUCACAGUUUCUGAUGUCUCCGUGGAGUCCCUGGGUAGGCGCAAAGGGUUAAGUGCUUGACUACUAGCUGAAAUUUAGUGGUUGGAACCCACCCAGAGGUACCUCAGAAGACAGGUCUGGUGAUCUACUCCUAAAAGGCCACAACAUUGAAAACCCUAUGGAGCAGUUCUACUCUGCACACAUGGGGUUGCCAUGAGCCACAAUCGACUUGACAGUCACUAACAACAAAUUCACUGUCUCCAUCUAUCUGUUUAUAUUGGCUGUCUGUCUGUCUACUUUAAUGGACCAUGAGUUCUGGGAGGGCAGGAGACUCAAGGCCAGCACCAUGCUGGGACUCAAUGAAUAUUUGUUGAAUGAACAAAUGAAAUAAUGAGCCACAGAGAAAGACUGUUCCUGAAGGUUUUCAUGGACCAAAGGUGGGGCUGCUAACACCAUGUUCUUCUUUUUCUGAAAAGGCAUAGUCAACUUUCUGGUUCAUUUCUGAAGAGGAAAUCUAAUUGGUCACAAAAUAGUCUCAUUUGCUCUCAGGCAACACUCUUUUGGUCCGUGGCAAUACUAGCAACUUGAAGUCAAAGGUACUGGAGAUCCUUUGCCUUCUGUGGUCAAUCAAGAAUAGGGCUUGAAUGGUUUAUAAGGAACACCAACCAGUUAAACAAUCAUUGCCUAUUAAGAAACCCAGUAAGGCUCCACCCUCUUUAUCUCUAAAAGUAAGCUUCCUGGUCUCUUUGGCCAAAUGACAGUCAUCAGUGUGUGACAAAAUGUCAAAAAUUAACUUGGCGUAUAGAUUGGUUCUUGCAACGUGUCAUUGCGAGAUAGAGAACCUUUGGCAGAGAGACACUCUCAGUAGCAAAUGCCCUGCACCAUGGCCAACGGGUUGCAGGGUCUGCGUCCCCUUGUCCUGGGCCUGCAUCCACUGGUUCUGAGCCUGCUGCUGUGUGUGCUUGGCCCCUCGGGGUCCCAGGGUGGGAAGCUGUUGGUGGUUCCGAUGGAUGGCAGCCACUGGCUCAGCAUGGUUGCGGUCAUCCAGCAGCUGCAUCAGAGCGGACACGAAAUAGUCGUGGUGGCCCCUGCCUCAUCUGUGAACAUCAAGGAAGGAGCAUUUUACACCUUAAAGAUGUUCCCUGUGCCUUUCCAAAAGGAGGACUUGGAAGCGAUUUUCGUCAGUUUGGGGCAUGAUGUUUUUGAGAAUGAGCCAUUUUUACAGCGUGUGAUCAAAAUGUACAAGGGAGUCAAAAGAACCUCUGCCAUGCUUUUGUCCACCUGUUCCCACUUACUGCACAACGAAGACCUCAUGGCCUCCCUGGCGGCCCGUGGCUUCGAGGCUGUGUUGACGGACCCUUUCCUUCCAUGUGGCUCCAUUGUGGCUCAGUACCUGUCCCUGCCUGCAGUGUACUUCCUGAAUGGACUGCCAUGCGGCUUGGACGUUGACGGUACUCAGUGCCCCAGCCCACCAUCCUACGUGCCCAGGUCUCUGUCUGUGAACCCAGAUCACAUGACCUUUCUGCAGCGGGUGAAGAACAUGCUGAUCACCUUCAUCCAGCCCUUCCUGUGCAGUGCGGUUUAUUCGCCAUUCGCUUCACUAGCUUCCAAAGUCCUUCGGAGAGAUGUGACUGUCCAGGACCUUAUGAGCUUUGGAUCUGUCUGGCUGCUCAGAAACGACUUUGUAGUGAAUUACCCCAGGCCUACCAUGCCCAACAUCGUUUUUAUUGGUGGGAUCAACUGUGUUACCCAAAAACCACUAUCCCAGGUGUGUAUUUGAGUGGAAAGACUGCAUGCCUAUAUUCUUACAAGCCCUUUUGGGAAGGCGAACCUGCCCCAGGUAUAUGCUGAAUGGGCAUGCUGAGAUAGCUUUUAAUGCCCUCUUUGGUAAUUUCUACCUUGCCAGUCUCCUAGGUCUGAGCUGUAACUUAUACCUGCCAUUUAACACCAUCUUCUGGGGUAUUUCUUUGUAUGCAAGACUUGAGGAAAGUACGUUGUUAGUUGCUGCAGAGUUGAUUUGGACACGUGGUGACCCCCUCUGUACAGAGUAGAACUGCUUCAUAGGGUUUUCAAAGCUGUGACCUUUCAGAAGCAGAGUGCCAGGCCUAUUUCCUGAGGCACCUGUGGGUGGGUUUGAUCCACCAGCCUUUCAGCUAGUAGUUGAGCGCUUCACCAUUCGGGCAUUCUCUUUUGUGUGCUCCGUUGAAUAGGAAUCAGAUGGAACAAGUGCUAAACGUGUUAAGCACAGAGCACUGUGCUCAGGGAACCAAGCAGAAAACAAAGAUGAGCAGCACACGCCUUGACCUUCAAUCAUGCAUUUAACCUUGAUUGGGCCAGACACACAAGAUUCAAGGUUUAUUAAGAAGUUCUUUGAUGUCUACAGAGCCUGGCAGGAAAGGCUGCCUCUGAGGUCCUGGCUGAAGCUCUAGUUUCUGGAUAUUUUGAUGGGAAGAUUGCUCUUGCAGUCUCUACUCUUCUAAUAAAUGAACAACCAGCCAGACUCUGAGAUCAGGCAAAAAGAGCUUGUGCCUCAUUCCCUGAAAUAUUCAUUUUUUUCUCCUCCAGGGUUUGAAGUAGCAUGCACAUCCUCCUCUAAAUCCCAGUGAGUGAUAGAGAAUGGCAGGAGGUGCUCCUUCAGAUGAUGGGCCAAGGAAGGACUCCCUGUGGGAACUCAUUCAUUUGUUCAUCAGAUAUCGAUUAUCUAUUGGCUAGUCCAAGUGCUUCUGGGUGCUAAGUCUGGCUCCUACUAAGGGACUAUUAACCACUCAUGCAAAGUAUUGAGUUUUAAUUUCCAUUCUUCCUCCAACACGAUUCAUGUUUUAAGUGAUCAUGUGAUUGUUAUGGCAAGAAGGAGCUGUGGUUGGUAGAAAGAACACCAAGGGAGAAACCAGGUGGCGGGGUUGAUGCCUGCCUCCACCCCAUUACUGCAUGUCUUAAUUUACUAGUGUUGUGGUAACAUAACUACCACAAGUGGGUGGCUUUCAUGAGCAGGUAUUAAUUUUCUUACAGUUGAAGGGGGUAGAAGUCUGAAUUCAGGGCAGCAGUUCUAAAGGAAGGCUUUCUCUCCAUCCACUCCUGGGGAAGAUACUUGUCUCAGCUUCUGUAACCUCAGCAUUCCUCGGGUCCCUAGCCAUGUUCAUGUGGCAUCUGCCUUCCCCUCUUUGCACUUCCUUUCUUCUGUGACUAAUCUGCUCUUUUUAGAUCUGAAAAGUGGCUAGGUUUACGACACACCAUACACUGAUAUGGCCUCAUUAAUGUAACAAGGAAAAUUCUAUUUCCAAAUUACAUUCACAGAUACAACAGUUAGGAUUACAACAUAUAUUUUGGAGGCACACAACUCAACGCAUAACACCGUGUGACCACAAUUUUCCCACAUCACCUCUAUGGGGCUCUGACUUCUCAUCUGCAACGUGGAGAGAGAGCUAAUGGCUCCUUGUGGAUGUCCUGACUCUACGAUUCUCAGACCCAAUGACCUGUUGGAUGGAUUGUGUUUGAUGGAGUGGUCUGGUUAAGAAAGAAAGAGGCAUUAUCAAUUUAUUAAAAGUGAAAUGAGGAAACAUAACAAUAGAAAAAAAAUUGUAAUUCUCUUUUAGAGAAAGAAAAAGGCAUAGAUGAAAUAAUACCAAGCCAAUAAGCAAAUCUCAGAUCAAAAGGAAAAGAUCUAGCCAGCAUCUCCAAAUAAGAGAGAUAUUAAAGAGAAGUGUUUUAGCAUUGUGAUGAAGGAUUAAAAAGAAAAUCAACACAAUUGUGUUUCACUUUCACUUCGAAUUUAAGACUUUGAAGCUACGCAUGCAUAGUGGGAAUUCCAAUAAAAAUGGAAGGCAUUUUCCAGAAAAAAAAAAAAAUCCUUGAAUUUGCUGCAUGGCUGUCUUCGUAUUUUUCAGAUCUUAGUAUAAAUGUUACUUUCUUGGAGCAUUGUCCCUAAGCCAGCGUCUUGUGCUUUUUCCUUCACAACACAUCGAAUACUGUGAUCAUUUCCUUUUUCAUUUAGCUAAUUGUUUAUUCACUGUCUCUUCUGCUCUACGAACCAUGCGGGCAGGGACUUUGUCUGCCAUGUGCUACAUCCUUAAUACCCGGCAAAGCAUCUGCACAUGGUUGAUGUUCCAUAAAUAUCAGCUCCUUGACCGUAUAAUACACACUCAGAAAAUAUUUGUUUUUAAACAAAUGAAUGAAGGGUACUAACUGAGAACUAGCCAAAGAUACUCUAGCAAAUGGGCCUAUGCCCCACUAUGGGGAAGGAAGAGUGUAGCUAUCUGGGCUGGCGGCUACUGAGAGGAAAAAGGAAGACAGAAGAAUUGAUGCAUUUGAAUUGUGGUGGGUGGUCGAAGAAUAGUAAAUAUACCAAUGGACUCUCAGAAGAACACACAAAUCAGUGUUGGAGGAAGUACAGCCAGAAUAUUCCUUAGAAGCGAGAAUGGUGAGGCUUUGUUUCACUUACUUACAGGAGGGACCAGUCACUGGAGAAGGACAUCAGGCUCAGUAAAGUGAGGGUCAGUGAAAGAGAGGAAGACCUUCAAUGAGAUGGAAUGACACAGUGGUUGCAACAAUGGGCAACCUAACAACAAUUGUGAGGAUGAUGCAGGAUCAGGCAGUGUUUCCUUCUGUUGAAAUUAGAGUCGCUAUGAGUCUGAAUGAGUCUGAACUCACUCGGCGGCACCUAACAACAACAAUACCCUCACAAGGUUAUCGUAUACCUCAUUUGCAUUAUUAUUAUUAUUUUUUAAUUUCUAUUGUGCUUUAAGAGAAAGAUUACAAAUCAAGUCAGUCUCUCAUACAAAAAUUUAUACACACCUUGCUAUAAACUCCUAAUUCCUCUCCCCCUAAUGAGACAGUACACUCCUUCUCUCCACUCUCUCUUUUCUAGUCUAUUCAGCCAGCUUCUGACCCCCUCAGCCCUCCCAUCUCCCCUACAGACAGGAGAUGCCAACAUAGUCUCUUGUGUCUACUUGAUCCAAAAAGCUCACUCUUCACCAGUAUCAUUUUCUAUCCCAUUGUCCAGUCCAAUCCCUGUCUGAAGAGUUGGCUUUGGGAAUGGUUUCUGCCUUGGGCUAACAGAAGGUCUGGGGACCAUGACCUCCGGGGUCCUUCUAGUCUCAGAUCAUUAAGUCUGGUCUUUUUAUGAGAAUUGGGGGUCUGCAUCCCACUGCUCUCCUGCUCCCUCAGGGGUUCUCUGUUGCAUUCCCUGUCAGAGCAAUCAUCGGUUGUAGCCGGGCACCAUCUAGUUCUUCUGGUCUCAGGCUGGUGUAGUCUCUGGUUCAUGUGGCCCUUUCUGUCUCUUGGGAUCGUAAUUACCUCGUGUCUUUCGUGUUCUUCAUUCUCCUUUGUUCCACGUGGGUUGAGACCAAUUGAUGCAAAUUAGAUGGCUGCUUGCUAGCAUUUAAGACCCCAGAUGCCACUCUCCAAAGUGAGAUGCAAAAUGUUAUGUUAAUAGAUUUUUUUAUGUCAAAUGACUUAGAUGUGCCCUGAAACCAUGGUCCCUAAACCCUCACCCCUGCUACGCUGGCCUUCGAAGCAUUCACUUAAUUCAGGAAACUUCUUUGCUUUGGGUUUAUUCCAGUUGUGCUGACCUCUCCUGUAUUGUGUGCUGUCUUUCCCUUCACCUAAAAUAGUUCUUAUCUACUAUCUAAUUAGUGAAUACCCCUCUCCCUCCUCUCUCCCCUCUCAUAACUAUCAAAGAAUAUUGUCUUCUCAGCUUAAACUAUUUCUCGAGUUCUUAUAAUAGUGGCCUUAUACAAUAUUUGUCCUUUUGCAACUGACUGAUUUCACUCAGCAUAAUGCCUUCCAGAUUCCUCCAAGUUAUGAAAUGUUUCAUGGAUUCAUCUUCGUUCUUCAUGGAUGUGUAGUAUUCCAUUGUGUGAAUAUACCAUAAUUUAUUUAUCCAUUCAUCCAUUGAUGGGCACCUUGGUUGCUUCCAUCUUUUUGCUAUUGUAAACAGUGCUGCAAGGAACAUGGGUGUGCAUAUAUCUGUUCAUGUAAAGGCUCUUAUUUCUCUAGGAUAUAUUCCAAGGAGUGGGAUUGCUGGAUAGUACGGUAGUUCUAGUUUUUAAGGAAAUGCCAAUUUGAUUUCUAAAGUGGUUGUAUCAUUUUACAUUCCCACUAGCAAUGUAGAAGUGUUCCAGUCUCUCUACAACCUCUCCAACAUUUGCUAUUUUGUGUUUUUUGGAUUAAUGCCAGCCUUAUUGGAGUGAAAUGGAAUCUCAUUGUAGUUUUGAUUUGCAUUUCUCUAAUGGCUAAUGAUCAUGAGCAUUUCCUCAUGUAUCUGUUCUCCACAUGAAUGUCUUCUUUAGUGAAGUGCCUGUUCAUAUCCCUUGCCUAUUUUUUAAUUUGGUUAUUUGUCUUUUUGUAGUUGAGUUUUUGCAGUAUCAUGUAGAUUUUAGAGAUCAGGUGCUGAUUGGAAAUGUCAUAGCUGAUUUUUUUUUUCCCAGUCUGUAGGUAAUCUUUUUACUCUUGUAAUAAAGUCUUUGGAUGAGCAUAUGUGUUUGAUUUCUAGGAGUUCCUAGUUAUCAAGUUUCCCUUCUGUAUUGUUAAUAAUGUUUUGUACACUGUUUAUGCCAUGUAUUAGGGCUCCUAGCAUUGUCCCUAUUUUUCCUUCCAUGAUCUUUAUCAUUUUAGAUUUUACUUUUAGGUCUUUGAUGCAUUUUGAGUUUGUUUUUGUGUAUGGUGUGAGGUACGGAUCUUAUUUCAUUUUUUUGCAGGUGGACAUCCAGUUAUGCCAGCACGAUUUGUUAAACAGACUGUCCCUUCCUGUCUAACUGACUUUGGGCCUUUGUCAAAUAUCAGCUUCUCAUGUUUGGAUGGAUUUAUGUCUGGAUUCUCAAUUCUGUUCCUUUGGUCUAUGUAUCUGUUGCUGUAUCAGUACCAGGCUGUUUUGACUACUGUGGUGGUAUAAUAGGCUUUAAAAUCAGGUAGAGUGAGGCCUCCCACUUUGUUCUUCUUUUUUGGUAAUGCUUUACUUAUUCAGGGUCUCUUUCCCUUCCGUAUGAAGUUGGUGAUUUGUUUCUCCACCUCAUUAAAAAAUGUCGUUGGAUUCAGGAUCAGAAUUGCAUUGUAUCUAUAGAUCACUUUUGGUAGAAUAGACAUUUUUACAAUGUUAAGCCUUCCUAUCCAUGAGCAAGGUAUGUUUUUCCACUUAUGUAGGUCUCUUUUGGUUUCUUGCAGUAGUGUCUUGUAGUUUUCUUUGCAUAGAUCUUUUACAUCUUGGGUAAGAUUUAUUCCUAGGUGUUUUAUCUUCUUGGGGAAUACUGUGAAUGGUAUUGAUUUGGUGAUUCCUCUUCGAUGUUCUUUUUGUUUGUGUAGAGGAAUCCAACUGAUUUUUGUACGUUUAUCUUGUAUCCUGGUAGUCUGCUGAACUCUUCUAUUAGUUUCAAUAUUUUUCUUGAGGAUUCUUUAGGGUUUUCUGUGUAUAUGAUCAUGCCAUCUGCAAAUAGAGAUAAUUUUACUUCUUCCUUACGAAUCUGGAUGCCCUUUACUUCUUUAUCUAGCCUAAUUGCUCUGGCUAGGACCUCCAGUACAAUGUUGAAUAAGAGUGGUAAUAAAGGCAUCCUUGUCUGGUUCCCGAUCUCAGGAGGAAUGCUUUCAGGCUAUCUCCAUUUAGGAUGAUGUUGGCUGUUGGCUUUGUGUAAACGCCCUUUAUUAUGUUGAGGAAUUUUCCUUCUAUUUCUAUUUUGCUGAGAGUUUUUUUUUUUUUUUAA